CUCCACAUCCAUGUCUUCCUCACUCGUCGAUGAAUAAAGACAAAGAUCUUAAAUUUGGGUGAUUCUGGAAAUGGGAUCUCGUGUUCAGCUUCUGGGUCUGUGCCUAUGGUUGUACUUGGCAAGUUUCAGCUUCAUUUUGGUUAACACACAGAACGAAAGAGGAGAUGCAGCUGUGAAAGGGACUGUUACCAUUAAUGGGAAAUCUGUGAUCGGAGAUAUUGAUGAUGAUUUUGUUUGUGCAACUUUGGAUUGGUGGCCCCCUGAGAAAUGUGAUUAUGGGAGGUGCAGUUGGGGUCUUGCUUCUCUUCUCAAUCUGGACCUCAACAACAAGAUCUUGUUAAAUGCAGUGAAAGCAUUUUCACCGUUGAAACUUAGAUUAGGUGGAAGUUUGCAAGAUAAGGUAACAUAUGAGACUGAAGAUGAUCACCAACCCUGUCCACAUUUCGUUAGAAACACUUCUGAAAUGUUUGGUUUCACACAAGGGUGCCUCCCAAUGCAUAGAUGGGAUGACCUUAACAAAUUUCUCCAAAAAGCAGGGGCUAAGAUUAUCUUUGGAUUAAAUGCUCUUGCUGGAAAAUCAAUACAGUCUGGUUCUGCAAUUGGACCUUGGAACUGCACCAAUGCCGAAUCGUUUAUCCGGUACACUGUUGGAAAGAAGUACACCAUUCAUGGAUGGGAACUUGGCAAUGAAUUGAGUGGGAAUGGAGUUGGAGCAAGUAUUGCUGCAGACCAAUAUGCUUCUGAUGUAGCUGCUUUACGAGAUAUAGUUUACAAUGCAUAUAGAGAGAUUGAGCCUAAACCACUAGUCAUUGCACCUGGAGGUUUCUUUGAUGCAAAUUGGUUCAAGGAAUUUAUAAGCAAAUCGAAUAAAUCUUUGGAUGUAGUCUCCCACCACAUUUAUAACCUUGGACCAGGAGUUGAUGAUCACCUUGUUGAAAAAAUUCUUAAUCCUUCCUAUCUUGAUGGAGAGAAAAGCACAUUUGGAGGUCUACAAAAUCUACUUCAAAGUUCAGCAACCCCAAUAACAGCAUGGGUUGGUGAGUCAGGAGGGGCUUACAAUAGUGGCCAUCAUCUUGUAUCUGAUGCAUUUGUGUACAGUUUCUGGUAUUUGGAUCAACUUGGAAUGUCAGCUUCUUAUGACACUAAAACCUAUUGCAGACAGAGUUUGAUAGGAGGAAACUACGGUUUACUCAAUACUAGUAAUUUCCUUCCAAAUCCAGACUACUAUAGUGCUCUUCUUUGGCACCGCCUCAUGGGAAGACAUGUACUAUCAACAAGCUUCUCCGGGACAAACAAGAUACGAGCUUAUGCACACUGUGCAAAGAAAUCUAAAGGAAUCACAAUACUAUUGAUCAACCUGGAUCACAGCAAAACUGUUGAAGCCGAAGUGACCUUCAACAACUCUAAGAUUUUAAGGCACAGAAAGAUGUCUGCUAAUUCAAAAACGAUGAAGCAACCUCUCCAUAGUGCAAGUGAAGUAGCAAGGGAAGAGUACCAUCUAACACCAAAGGAUGGGGACAUACAUAGCCAAAUCAUGGUACUAAAUGGAAACGCUCUAACUGUAAACUCAGCCGGUGAUAUUCCUCCUUUGGAGCCUUUAUAUGUUAACUCAUCAGAGCCAAUAACGGUUGCUCCUUUCUCUAUUGUAUUUGUCCAUAUACCAGAUGCUGUUGUUACAGCUUGCAGCUAUCUAGGUGGCACUAAGCGUUUGGUUUCACUUGGUGAUUAA